GGUAAAUAGUAUUAAUGGAGUUACACAUUUUGUAAACGAUAUAAGCUGAAUGCAACGUAUGCAUCUGGUACUGCUUUUCAUUUAAAUAUAAUGGUAAUUAUAUUUUUUUGGCAACUUUUAUAUUUUUGUUGGUUUGCAAAACUUUAAACUUAAAUUGUUGUAUAGAACUGUAUUGAAGUAAUUUAUAAUCAGAAGUAUAAAUUAAUAAACAACACAAUUUUUGAUUUUGUGACAAUAAAUAUAAUUGAAUAAUAAUAAUGAAUAAUGAAUACUAUUAAAAUAUUAUAAUAUAAUAUUAAUAAAAUAAUGAUAAUAAGUUUUAAUUUUAUUAUCAUAAGUAUUAGUAUUAUUUUAAUGAUUUAUUGAAUGGCAUGCCAGUGUUUAGUUGGCUAAGUUGAUCACUUAGACUAGACUUAGAUUACUGACUUAGACUUAGUCUUAGUAAACUACUAAUACUAGUUAACUAAGUAAGUAGAUUACUCAUAUUUACUAAUAUUAUGUUUUGUUAGUACUAAGACUAAGCUACCAAUGAACCAUGAUAAAAUUAUCUGUAUUCUUUAUUAUAAUAAUAAUAAUAAUAAUAUUAAUAACCAUGCCUGGCCAUAAUUAUAAUAUUAUUAAAUUAUAAUAUUCAUAUAUAAUAAUAGAAAUUGAUGUUAAUGUUAAGUUAAAGUAAGUUACAAGUUGAAUAUGAAAAUGAAAUGUGAAAUUAUUUUUUUAAACUAAGAAAACACUUCUCUACAUACAACAGGUUAAAACUAAAACCACUUGGCUUAGUAUUAACUCAUUAACUGAGUAGAAUAGAAUGAGCUCAUUAAAAUUAAAUAAAAAUAGUAUGAGUAUGAGUCUGAGAGAAUUUUUUUUAAAAACAUAAAUGAUAAAUGCAUUUUAUUUAAAAAGGCAGCCAAAAGCGAAUAUUAUAGUGUAUAAACUAGCCUAGGCCUAUGUCUAUGUAUUUUAUUAUUCAAUUUUUUUUAUAACUACACUAGUAUAGUAUAUUCAUAUUGAACUUUGAAAGUCAAUAUUUAUCAGAUCUGUACACCGUGUAUAUCCCUCAACCCACUAUUUAUACUGUUAAUCACUUUCUUGUUUUUAAUUGUUUCUUUGCAUUUAAAUGUUAUACUUUGAACUUUCAUUUUUCUUUUCAUUUUUCUGUCAUAUCAGUCAGCUAUUUUCAACUUCCAAAGUCUCCUGACAGUUGUCUUGCUUAUGAUUUGCACCUGCACUUACCUCAGAGCUAUAGCACCAGGCUUCAUGGACAGGAGUAAAACAGGGUAAUUGAGAAUUUUAAUUUGUAUUUUUAAAUUUUGUAAAAUUAAUGUCUACCUUUAAGUGUCAUUUAUAGUAAUGAAUCUAUUUUUAUAUUUGUGGCCCUGCCAGACACUCAUUUUGGCAUGAUUGGGGGCCAUACAAUUUUCCUUUAAAUUACACAACUAUUACAUUCUUAUGUUUUAUGAUCCUUGCUGAUAUAUUUUUAAAAGCUCAAUAGGCAGAGAUUUACUAAAUGAGCUAAAAAUGAGACAUUGUGUAUUACAGGAUCUUCUAUUUAUUUUAAUAUUUUAUUAUGUAAUGUUAUUAUUUUGUUAAGUAUAAUUAUUUUCUUUAAAAUAAAAUUUUAAUUAUUCCGUUUUUUUUGUUUUUUUUUAAGGAUUUUAGGUACCUUUUGGAAAUUUGCAAGGAUUGGAGAGAGAAAAAGUCCUUAUGUAGCAUUUUGUUGUGUUGCCAUGGCUUUUAGCAUUCUUUUCUUGUCAUGACAAUUCAAAAAAUUUGUGUUUUUUUUAAAUAAUUGUACAUACCGUACCAUAUCAUUUUCCAGCCAUCAACAUAACACUCCUUUUGUGCAGUAGACCAACAACAUUUACAGUUUUUGCAAGGGAACCUAAACAUAGACAUUUCUUAAUCCUUGCUUUACUAUGUUUAUAAUAGGUUUUAGAUGCAUGAAUUAAAAUCUAUGAGGUCUUACAUUUGUUUUAAUUAAUUUAAGCUGAAUGCUCUUAUGUAUGUUUUAUAAAAUAACAUGUAACUUAAAUUAUGUCAUUCUGUCUGUUCAAUGAUUUUGUCUAAUAAAGAAGGUUUGUACUUGUAUAUAUAUAUAUACAUAUAUUUAAAAUACACUGUUUUAAUAUGGAUGUGGCAUGUUUCUUUCAAUUUAAAUGUGAUUUAAAGUGGUGCAGAGCACAUAUCAGUUUAAUAAUUAAUCUCUCAUAUAUAUAUUUUACAUGCAGCCUUAUACUAUACCUACCACCCACUAAAAUUCACAUCUUAAACAAUGGACUUUUCUAGUCCAGAGCGGUUCAAAAGUAUGAUACCGGUAUGUGUUAGGCACAGUCUAGAACAAGAAUCAUACUUCUGUCAAAAUUAUGCUGUUAAUUUAUAACAAUUCAUACAUGACAAAUUACUUUUUUUUUAAAAUAUUCUUUGACAGAGUUCCCAGUCUAGAGUUGAUUGUUUAUAAUACUCAUGCUUCCAAGUCACGAAUCUGCAACUAAAUAGUAGUGUAGUAAGAUGAGUAACAAUGUUAUAUUUAGUAAAUUAGUUUAAUGUACACAUAAGUGUACAACACCGCUAUAUUUUUUUGCACGCUUCCACUUGUACUCAUCAGAAAUUCUGAAAGAUAAUCUUCCUUCUUUGAUAAAAUUGAAAGUCACGUUGUUGUUUUUUUUAUAAUCAGCUUUUUUUUGUCCUUGGGAUUCAAUAUUCUAUUAUGAAACAUUAUGCAAAAUAAGAUUAUACCAUAUUAAGUCUCUUCCAUACCAAAUACAUUUGAUGGGUACAUAAAGAUUUCUAAGAAGCUAAAAGUAAUGUGUACCGGGUAUUCAAUUCUGGAGUUGCACCUUUAAAAGUACAUGUCGUGACUGUUGCUGGCCAUUCAGUACCACAGGUGCUUGCUGUUAACUGUUAUGCUGGGUUGAAACAAUGAAUCCCAGGAAAAGCAUGAAGCUAACAAGCCAACAAGCCAAUCUGGUGUGCUGAUGGCAGGAAACGAGCUCAUUCGUCUGGCUAGUCAAAUCAAAUCCACUGCUCACAGGAAUGGACAUCAAUUAUUUAUUAUGUGUACACAUUCAGAGUGAUUCACAUAAUUUGCCAUAAACUAUGAUAAAGGUGGUGACAGCAUAGAAAUUCAACAAAAAUAGAGAAAAAAAAGUAAAAAGAAGAACAAACAGUUGUAGUUGUUGGUUUUGAAAAUGACAUUUUAAUAAAGUAUGUAAAAGUUUAUACAUUUUAAAAAAUAUCACUCAUGGCAAAUUUUUUUUUGUAUGUUGGAAGAUAUGAUCAAACAAACAGCAGGAACCAACUUGUUAGCUUUUCAUCUGGAGCAGCACUCAAAAUAGUUGUACCUCAAAACCAGGUGGAUGAAUUCACCUUAGGUAUGAUAAUUGGUUGGACAACAAGCUGACUUAAAACCAAACUAUUAUGUCGUUACCGGUAUAUAAAAUAUUUCUCACUUAAAUUUGUCAUCUAAUUUUGCGUUGGGCUAAAAUUAAGGGUCAUAACUCUUAUUACAUUAAAAUUCA